ACCUUCUAAGUUUAAACCCACAGAGAGAGACAUGACACACCCCCAGCGCCUAUAAAUAGCAGCCCUCGCAGCAGAGACACCAACAAAACCACCAGAGCUUCUCCAAGAGCAAAGGACUUCCAGGAGCCAACAUACUAGAUACAGGAAGCAUUAGCUCAGUAGAAUCCCACAAGAGAAGCUUUACCUGCUCCAAGGAUGUCCUCACCGAGCUCAGACUCGGAGUGGAGCAAGAAGGAGAACAAGAUGUUUGAGGAGGCGCUUGCCUACUACGGCAUGGGCGCCCCCAACCUCUGGGAGAAGGUGGCCAGCGCCAUGGGGGGCACCAAGUCCGCCGAGGAGGUGCGCCGCCACUUCCAGUUCCUUGUUGACGACGUCAAGAACAUCGAGCACGGACGCAUCCCCUUCCCCAAGUACAAGACCCGGGGCUUCUGGACCUAAAAGGUAUAAUUCUCAACCAAAAACUGCACAGACAUUAGAUGCUCUGUUUCUAGUAGCAAGUUUCAGUUGAGCGUAAGCAUACCAAUUACUGCUGUAUCUGUCUACUUGCUGGGACCAUCUUGUUACCAUAGAUGUUUUAACUCAAGGCAGAUCAUGCAGGAGUAUUUAUGUAUUUUUAUUUUCUUUAGA